GCCGGGCUGGGGUAACCUGGUCGUGGGCUCGGCUGUGGUACGGAGCCGUUACGGGAGGGGGGCGGGCCGCCGCCUAGCGUUUAGGGGCGUCAGGAAGGUUGCUCAGCCUUCCUUGGAGCCGGGUGAGAAACUGAUAGGAAGAGACAAGCUGACACCUUUGAGAGGUUGCAGUGGAAGUGAGUUGUGUGGAUUAAUUCUGAGGAGGAGGAGGAGGACUGAAGUGUUUGUGCUAUGGAAUUAGAAAAGAACACCGAUGUUAAAAGCAAAAGGAGAUGCUUCAAUCAGACCUCGCGUCUUUUCUCUUACUCUGAGGAAGCUGAGGACAGGCUCAUCAGAGAUGUUAUAGCAGGAGCCAACCACUCUGAUUUUGGCCAGGCACGUUCUGUCAAUGUUUCAGAAUUAAAGUUGUCAGAGGAAAGCUUACCUUACCUAAGUUCAUCUUUAGAUGCAGAUAUUGAAACGUAUAAUCAAAAUAGAAUGAGAAUUUGCUGCGCACAGGUAGAUGAAAGCAAGAAGGAAGCUGAUAUGUUGGGAAGGGCAUGUGACAAUACACAUGUUAAUUGUGGUGUGUGUGAUGAUUGCAGACAAAGCCAUUUAGGUGAAGAUUCACAGCUGGAGUAUCUCAGUGCUCAUGAGCAAGAUUUUGAUGAUAGGAAUAGCUCAGGCGAGUUUUCUGAGCAAAGGGAAACUAUAGGAAUUGAAACCUUAAAGCUGAUAGAUCCAGUUCAUGCAGUUCCAGGGGCUGGAGUCGCAAAGGAACAAAGUAUCGCUGGCACGUCAGAAGAUUGUUCUCCUGCUGCUGGGUAUGGUGUAGGUGACCAAACCUGCCCAGAAGCAGCUAUGCCAGAGCUUCCCCACCUGUCUCCACUGCUUUCCAAUGGCAUGGCUUGUGAUCGUCAGGAAGAGCAGACAGAGCAUCAUAGUGCUGUUUGUGGAACUAUACUUGAAAGUCAUUCUUGUGGGAAUAAAGAAAAGGUCUAUCCAAAUCUGCUCGUAUAUGACAGUUUAGAAAACAGAGAGGUGAAAGACAUCCCACUGAUUGACAGCACGCUGCCACCCCAAAUGGCUAUAAGUGAAGAAGUGUCUGAAAACAGUGCCAGAUGCAUUCACAGCUCCUCAGUGAAGCAAGAAAAUCCCUUGCUGUCACUACGGGAAAGGGCCCCCACAGUAGCCAUGCAAUUUUGUGAAUGUACAGGGGACUCUGAUUUCUACAGUUGUGAAGAAUCUGACGUGUGCGCGUGUGGUGCCAGCUGUACUGACUGCACUGCGAAGGAUGCUGAAACCCAAUUUCCAAUCUCUGAAACUCCCACGAAUCCCUUUUUUGGGGUGGAAGUUGCAGAUAAAUCUUCCGGGGGAAAUACCAGCUGCAAGAACUCGGAGCAUUGUGAAAACUUGAAAAACGUUACCAGUGACUCUACAGUUAACCAGGCUGUUGAUGCAAGUUCUGAUUUUAGAGCUUGCUUUACAACAAGCAGAAGUACCAGUGCUGAGGUUUGUCUCCUGUCCAGGGCUAUUAAUACAGAGAUAACAAUGAUGAACAAAUCUCGACCCGUGGGAUGGCACCGUGAAACCUGUGCAGAUGUUGCUUGCAAUACAGACUGGUCAUGUGGAGCCAGUAGUACGGAGGAAAUUUGGUCGCAGCUUACUGGCAUGCUGGAAGAACAUGCAGGUGGCAAUACUGCAACAGCUGAAAGCAGUUCACAAAUUCAGGAACAGCGGGAAUCAAAAAACGAGCUUUGUAGCAGUGACUUAAAGAAAAGCACGGACAGGCCGGUACGCCUUGACAAACAAGCUGUGAAGAAUUCUGCAUCAAGCUACUGUCAAAAAAUACUGCAGAGAGCUAUUGAAGCGGAAUUGCAGAUUCUAAACACUCAUUAUCAGAUGUGUUAUCAGCACUGCUUGAAGAUUUACAAACUGGCUUUGGAGGAAAACACGUGUUUUUAUAUGUAUUCUAACAGAUGUAAUGGCAAUACUGAAUUAGGUUCAUCUCUCAUGUUGGUUUUGGAAGAGCUAAAAAAGAAUUACAACAGUAUGAGAAUGAAAAUAAAAAUGGGCAUACCUUUAAAUGCACUUCCACCGCUAUCAGUUGAGAUGAAGUUGUUCCCAAUCUCCUCCUCUUAUCUCCCGUGCAAGUUGUUCAGAGAGGAUCUUUGCUAUGAUUCUGUUUCAGAUGCAAGAAAAGCUGACUUGGAAGCAUCACAACUGCAAGAAAGGAAAAUUUCUGUCAACAUGGACAAUCCACAGACCGUAUGUUUAACUGAUGGCGGUCAGCCGAGUGACUCUGCUUCCUCCAAGGCGUUUGAAGAACAACAUAAAGAUCAGGACGUGGAAUGUGGCUGUGUGAAAAAUGAAGAAGGGAAUGAAUAUUGGUUUGAUGCUGAGGAGGAGUUGACAGUAGCAGAUUUUUCAGUACUAUCUGAAGAAACAAAAAAGCAACAAGAAAAGCAAGACACAGUUGAUUUAAGAGAAGUGAAGAUAACGGAGAGUGGAAAUGAGAGUUCUUUUAUUCAUGUUGGUGGCCUAAGUUCCUCAGUGUCAGAGGGUGAUUUAAGAUCUCAUUUCCAAAAGUAUCAGAUUUCUGACGCUCUUAUCUCUGGGGAUUCUAGUAACUGCAGAUUUGCAUUUCUUUCCUUUAGAGACACUAAUAAAGCCAAGUUAGCUGUAAAGGAAACAAAUGAGAAAAAAAUAAAAGGAAAACCAGCAAGUGUUGAACGUGUAAAUACUUCAUCAGAGAAUAAAUCUUCGGUUUCCCAAGUACAUACAGAUAAGCUUUGGCAUGAAAUCCAACCUGUUGAUAAUAGUCAAAGAAAUGAUCAAGAAAAACCAUUCACUUCAGCCUCCAAUUCCACGAAAGCACCUGAUGCCACCUGUGCUUCUGAGAAAAUGCAUCUCCUUCCCAUUACUACUUCAAAAAUUUCUUGCUCUACACAAGUACCUUCAGAAACAAAGUGCCUUGCUCCAAAAUCAUCUACUGAAGAUUCGGUACAUUAUUUCCUUGGAGUUAAUCAAAAGGAUAUCGGAGAAAAUUUUGUGCAGAAAACAUCUGCUCCUUUCUCCACUAAUUCAUAUGAUGCCUUUAUUUCUCCUAAUACACUGAACUUGAGCAGCUUUACCAAAUUACUGAAGAAACUUCAAGAAAUUCAUCCAGAGGCUAGCAGAGACAAAAUUGUGGAUGCUCUGCUGGAGGUGAGGAAGAACAACAAAGGUAUCUUAAGUGGUUUGUCCAUCAUUUCCAUUGUGGAGAGGACCUCUGUCGUUCUAAGGAAAUCAACCCCCCGUUGUGGGCUGGAAAAGCAAUGUAAUUACCCGCCUUCGGUCGCGGCUUCUAUUGAAAAAGAAGGCGGCAGGGACAAGCAAGCCGCGCCAGGAGCGAAGCAGGGUCGCACCGGCGGACGCCAGCCGGCGGCGGAGCGGGGUCCCGGGGCCGGCCGGGCAGUGCAGGUGCCGGGGGGGAGCCCGGGGCGCUGUGCCGGUCGGGGCCCGCCCCUGCGCGUAGGGCCCCCCGCGCGGAGCACCCCCCCUCCCGCAAUCCCCCGGCCCGGCCCCGGGGAGCAGAGCGGAGCCGCCACGGGCGCGGGGGGAGGAUCCCGCCCCGCCGCCCCGCUCCUUCCCAGGGGCCGCCGGCAGCCCGCCGCGGCCGGGGACGCAGAGCCCCGCAGGCGGGCUGGGUGCGCGGGGCAGAGCGCGGCGGCGGCGAUGGCCCUGCUCCCGCGGCGGUUCCUCUGCUUCGUGCUCGCCCAUCACUUCAUCGCGGCAACGGCGUGCCAGGAGGCGGACUACGGCUGGAUGAUCCGGCACUACUGCCUGAAGCAGUUCCAGCUCAGCAUGGAGGGCAUCGGGCAGCAGCUCUGGUGUGACUGGGACGAGACCGUGGGCACCUACGGGGAGCUGACGAACUGCACGGCGCUGAUCGCCGAGAGGCUCGACUGCUACUGGCCCAACCGGCUGGUGGAUGAGUUCUUCGUGGCCGUCCACAAGCAGUACUUCAGGAACUGCUCCCCGUCCGGCCGGGCACUGCAUGACCCCCCCAACGGCGUCCUCUGCCCCUUCAUCCUGCUGCCCAUCCUCAUCACCCUACUGAUGACAGCGCUGGUGGUGUGGAGGAGCAAACGCAGCGAGGGCAUCGUGUAGGAUGCCCUACCACCGGCGCAGGGGAGGGACGGGGGGACCCCCCACCCCAAAAGCACCCAUUUAUUUUGGGGGGAAGACCCUGGCAGAGGACCAUCCCCGGGGGUACCAAGUCUGGGAGACAGAGACGGUAACGCUGCCGCUCCUCCCUCGCCGGUACCCUCUGCACCAUGCACGUGCCAUCACCUGGCGGUUUCCAGUUAAAGACAUGAUUUACGACAGGGUGGUUUGGCGAUACGGGAUGCCGGUGGCCGGCAAGGCUGCCGUGGGCUGCCCCGGCAGUGGGGAGCCCUCUCGGGGUACCGGGGAGCACGGCUCACCCCGGGCAUCGGCAGUGCCGCAGCUCUGCUCAGCCUUUCCCAGCUGCUUCCCUCCCGGCACCCCCAGCACUGUGUGCCGAAAGAGGAAAAUUUUUGAAGAAAGGAGGAAAAAAAAAAAAAAGAAGAAGGGGUGGUGGCAGGGUUGAAAUUCUGCUGGCACUGGAGUGCCGGUGCGGCUUUGGGACGUGCCAGCAGAUGUAACUGUGGGGUGGCAGGUCUGUGUGCAACGAAACCACCACGGCUUCCUCUUUUUGUCCUUUUUUUCCCCAUACCAGGAAAGGCACCUUCUCCCCCGGCCCCCAGCACGAGGCCAAGGCCUGCACAGGGUGGGUUUUGCCUGGGAGGUGGGGAGCAAUGGGUGAAAGUCAGCGGUGGGAACUGGUGGCACUGGUCGUGGCACUGGUGCUGGCCCUGGCGGGGCCCUGGGGCUAACGAGCAACGGGAAUAAGGUGCUUUUCCUAUCUAAAUAAAUAAAUACAUCAAUAAACCAGGUGCCCGUCUCUGGUG